UUCGAUGAGCUCUGUUGGCAACACUGAUCCCGCGCCCGCGUGCCGCCAGCCCGCCAUAGUAUACCGCCGCGUAUUCUAUCCCAUUCCCAUAUUCUCAUUCUCGUUCUAUUCUGCCGCUGCUUCACUCUUGUUUGAUUUUACUCGUGCCCGCUGCGCUGCCGCUACCGUUGCCGCUGUCGGGCCGGCGACGAUCAGUGAAGAUCGCGAUUUGCCUCAAUCGAUUUUCAUCGGUAAGAGCGUUUCAUGUUUGUUUUGUUAACGAUAAAUAGUGCAAACAACGCGGUAUUGACUCCAUCUCGUCUUCUACCUUCGGAUCCACCGGCAACAGGUGAUGAGUGGAGAAAGUUUAGUGAACGAAACAUUUCGAUUGUGAAUCAAAACGUGGCUGGCAAGCCUCUUUGUCGCUGGCAGAGAUCCAGAAGCGUUACGCGGGAGCAGAAAUGAAGUCCCAGGAAUUGGCGCCUUUGUACGAUCAGCAACAGGUCUACCACCGAAGACGUCGGAAUCAACGCUGUGCGUUGAAACAAUGGACCGAAAAGAGCGUGUGGUCUUUUGUCUGCGCGAUGGAGUUGGGUUUGGUAUCCGAAUCCGUUCCCAACCGUAACACCGUUAACGUGUCUUCCACCAAGUGGCCGUCGACUGUCCAUAAAGUAAACAAUUCGUUUAUGGUCGCUGCAGUUUCCGCAACUCCCACGACAAGUACAAACCGGGCCUCUCCGUUCUUAUCAUUAGGAGAAUCCUCGUCGAAUACGCAGAACCAGCAAAUGCAGAUCCCGAACAGACAAAUCGUGAAAACGCCGGCCCGGAAAAGGCAAGUCCCAAGCACACUGAGUCCAGAAACUCAGAUCUCAAACACGCAGGACCCACAAACGCAAGUCACGGAAAUGCAGCAGGUCUCAUUUUCACAGGAAAACUCGAAGAAGGACGAGUUUCAAUUAGAUUAUUUCGAUACGACGACGAUCGCGAACGAUUUGGAACCGGAAAAGGAAGGGCAAGAAGACAUGAAGUCGGAGGUCACACCCGAUACAAUUCAAACAUAUGGUCCCAGAGCCGACCAUGAGUACGCCGCGAAAGAAGCAUUGAUGUCGAUGAGCACAUCCAGUCAGUCCGAGUUGGUUACUGAAAGCGAAUCGGUUAGUGGCAUGGAUCACUCAGAACUCAGUCAAAACUCUGCAGAAACUCCUAUGAAGAAACCUAUUGGUAGUCCUCGUCAAAACUCUUCGGAAACUCCUAUGAAGGAACCUAUUGGUAGUCCUCCUCAAAAUUCUUCGGAAACUCCUAUGAACAAACCUGCUGGUCGUCCUCGUCGUUCGGAAACUACGAUUAAAAGCGAUUCUGACUACGAAUACGAGCCUCCUCAAAGAAAGAAGAAGAUGCCGAAGAAGAAGAAGAAGGUAAUGCAACCUAAACCUAAGGUCAGAACCGAGAAGAUCGUCGACACCACUGACGUGUCCACCACCGAUAUCAGCUACGAAAGCUCCGAGAGUAGUACCAGGGCAAGAAGGAACAAGAAGCUCAAGGCCAAAAAGAACAAGGAAGGCGGAAGCUCCGAGGAGGAGAACGAGGAGCUUCACAAACGUCGAAUAGAAAUUCGACGCUCUUUGGAAAAAGCAAGGGAAAACGAAUCUGACAAGAGGAAGAGUUACAAUUCGGAAUCAAAGAACCUGCUUAAAUACGAGGCGAUUCGUGUUAAGCUAAUCGGGAAGCAACAUGAGUACGAGUCUUCCGAAUCCAAAGUAACGACACGGCGCUCGCUGAAGAACAAGGAAUAUGCCAACAUCGGGAGUCUUGUCUGGGGCAACUGUUCGGGGUGGUGGCCAGCACUAGUUGUCCAUGCCGACCAUGUAGGGAUGUUACCUGAGGCGGGCAAAUUGUGGGUUUACUGGAUCGCAGAAGCUCGUAUAUCAUUAUUGAACGAAAAGACACAAGUCGAACCGUUCUCGAGCCACCUCAAAGCCAGGUUGUCACAAAAUUCAAACGCAGCGCGAUUGCGUGCUAUUGACGCGACCAUGCAGAUGUUGCGCGCUAGAUUGGACUGUACCCUGACGAAGCCUUACUACACGUGGCUCGAAACUAACUUGAUCGGCAUGUUCGAAAUGUUAGACGAAAUUAGGUUCUAUCCGUACCCGAGUCAAAUGCAAGACAGAAUAAACCACUUGAAGCGGAGAAAUGCGAGAGCUGUGGAGAAAUACUUGGAAGAUAAAAAGCGUACAGAAGAGAACCAAGGGAAAAAAUCGAAAGAAACAGAAAAGAAAGAUUCGUCGCAAACGCAGUCGCAGGUCCAAAAAGAGGAGGAAGACUUAGCUCGUUUGCCAUUAGCGGAACAAAAGCCAGGAGUCAUAGCAUGGGCUAAAAUCCUCGGACAUAGCUGGUGGCCAGCUAUGAUUGUCGAUUAUCGCGACUGUUGCAUGCGGGAGCCGACCUUUGGCUGCCAGUGGAUAAUAUGGUACGGCGACUAUCAGCUUUCGGAGGUUCAUCAUCAAUUCUUUUUGAGAUUCGAUAAGGGCUUGGAGAGAAUGCGUGAGUACACGUACGCCGCAAAAACACGAAAGCCGAAUUUCGUUGUCGGAGUUCUCCAAGCUGCGAAGGAUUUCGGUAGCCGUGUAGGGCUCAAUACUGAAGAAUGGACUUUGGAAGACGCAUUUACGCAUAUCCCAACAGCGGAACAGAACCAGACAUUGCCUGAUACGAAACCGACUACUUCUUACGUCAAGAUCUACGACAAAUACACACCUCAUAUAGUACAAAAGUUGAACGAAUCCAAAAAGGAGCCUAAAAUCAACUUCGCUCGGGCGAAUGAGAUUAUACAUAGCGAUGAUUUACAAUCUGUAAUUAGUGGAAACGUUCCAUUCGAUUCAUUGUGUCUAAAGUGUAUGAAAAUCGUCGAUGGUGAAAAAGAGAGUCAUCCGUUCUUCGAAGGGUCUCUGUGUAUAGAUUGCGCGGGAGACUUCAAGCCUUUUAUGUUCGUAUUUGGUAACGAUGGUAAAUGCUUUUACUGUACGGUGUGUAGCGCUACGGGUACGGUGCUCAUUUGCGACAAAGAUGAUUGCCCGAGAGUCUACUGCGCUGCUUGCGUGAAACACCUAUUAUGCCCGGAUACCUACAGGGAAGUACUUCGAGAAGAUCCCUGGUACUGUUUCCUCUGCAAAUGUGAGGCGAAAACUCCGCUUGACCCAGCCUCAAUCUUGAAACCACGAAUCGAUUGGAGAGAGAAGAUAAUCGAUGUUUUUCGUACGAAUUCGAAAGCAUGUCGGCUGGAACCCGACGGAAAUGAAAGGAGAAAAAUACGUGUCCUUUCUUUGUUCGACGGUCUCGCGACGGGUCUACUCGUGCUGGAGAAGUUGGGUUUAGUCGUCGACGUUUACUACGCUAGCGAAAUUGACGCGGACUCGAUGAUGGUUAGUACUGCGCAUUUCGGCAAUCGCAUCCAGCAUUUAGGUGAUGUGAGGAAAAUCACAAAGGAGAAACUCGAGGAAAUUGCACCCAUCGAUCUGUUAAUCGGCGGGUCACCGUGCAACGACCUGAGCUUAGCCAACCCUGGACGACGCGGUCUCAACGAUCCAAAAGGAACAGGAAUCCUUUUCUUCGAAUACGUGCGAAUUUUGAAAUUGAUGAGGAAAAUUAACAAAAAACGACAAUUAUUUUGGUUGUAUGAAAACGUCGCUUCGAUGCCGACCAAGUUUAGACUGGAGAUUAACAAGUACUUGAGACAAGAACCUGACACGAUAGACUCGGCAGAUUUUUCUCCUCAACAUAGGUUGAGGCUUUACUGGCACAAUCUACCCGUAAAGCCACACUCGUUCUCAUUUCAACAGCCACAGGACGUACAGGAUAUACUCACGCCCCACUGUCAACGCUACGCAUUAGUUAAGAAGAUUCGUACGGUCACUACUAGAGUAAAUUCGCUUAGGCAAGGCGUUCAACAUUUGAAACCGAUCAUGAUGCAAGAUAAAAGCGACACGAUAUGGAUAACCGAACUCGAAGAGAUAUUCGGAUUUCCGCGUCAUUAUACGGACGUGAUGAAUUUAUCGGCGACCAAACGUCAGAAGUUAAUAGGCAAAUCGUGGAGUGUCCAAACGUUAACUGCCAUUUUGGGAUCUCUUUGUCCCUUCUUCGAGUGCAAUACUACUAAUGACAAUUCGAUAAAAUUAGAAACUGAAGUUUAAGGUAGAACUGCUCAGCUGUUCUUUAAUUGUACAUUGUGUUCCAAUCAAUUUUUACGUGCACGAAUUACGUUGUUUAGUUCCAAUUUCUAAUUUCGUUUCUACUAAAAGUACACAAAUAGAUGGCACCUUUCGAUGUUCUCGACUAAAAUUUACAAUUCUUUUCGAAGUGUAGGAAACGCUACUUCAUACUUUAUAUAAGCUUCGCAAAAACGUUGUAUGCUUUAUGCAUGUUCCUGUUAGUUUUUGAGAAGAAAGAAAAGACAAUAUCAUAAAUGUUUAUUUUUUAAAUGGAGUAGAAACAAAACAGAUGUAUUUACGUUUUCGUGUGCCAUUCAAUUUUUUUCAUGCGUGAUUUAUGUUGUUGAUUUUCAAUUUUAUUACUAUCAAAAUCAAACGUAUUACAUUAAAACUUUUUAUCUCCAUGACUCAAGUUUAUAAUUGAUUC